AUCACAUCCACCCGUGUUCGCAGAUGAGUUCAGAGUUCAGAAGUUGAGAUUGCUUCCCUCUUUCUCUUUCUGCUGCUCUGAAAGAGUCGUCCGCCAUUCGUGACGGCUCUCGGAGUUCGUGCAAUCUGCGUCGUCCUCGGUGGCUGCUCUCUUAUCCCUAAUUUUGGAAUUCGAUUAUAAAGAUUCAAGAUGCGUCGUACUCCAACAAAGAAAGGUCCGUCUAAUUCAACGUCAUCGUCAAAUUCGUCAGCCAUCGAUCAAUUCCGUUCCGGUGGUAGGACUGCUACAAAGGAGUUUGAAUUCAUAGAUCAGCUGUAUCAUUCAUAUGCUAAAAACUCAUCUGGUAUUAUUGACCCUGAAGGAAUUGAGCAUCUAUGUUCUGAUCUUGAAAUUGAUCACACUGAUGUCCGGAUAUUAAUGCUGGCCUGGAAAAUGCAAUCUGAAAAGCAGGGGUAUUUCACUCUGGAGGAAUGGCGAAGAGGCUUCAAAGCAUUGCGGGUUGAUACUCUAAAUAAAUUGAAAAAGGCACUUCCUGAUCUGGAGAAGGAGGUUCAAAGGCCAUCAAAUCAUGUGAAUUUCUAUUCCUAUGCGUUCCAAUAUUGCCUGACAGAGGAGAAGCAGAAGACGAUUGAUAUUGAGAGCAUAUGUCAGUUACUGGAGCUUGUUUUGGGAUCAGUAUUCCCACGACAGGUGGAUUCAUUUGUUCAAUAUCUAAGGAUACAGAGCGAUUACAAGGUUAUAAACAUGGAUCAGUGGAUGGGUUUCUACAGAUUUUGCAAUGAGAUAAGUUUCCCAGAUUUUGGGAAUUAUGAUGCGGAACUGGCUUGGCCACUCAUUCUGGACAACUUUGUGGAGUGGAUGAGAUCGAAAUAGUUCAGAUUAAUCACAUAUUUUGCUUCAACUUCAUUUUUGUUUAUUGUUGCUUCUGAACAAUUUCUAUUGGAUGCUUUUCAAUGGCUUGUAUUUAUUGUGAAUGGAUGAAGACAUAAUAUAAUAGUAGCUUAUAGAGAGUGAUUAAAUUUUGUAAUUAUUUUCUGUUUUUCAGUUGC